AUGAGUACGAAAUCCAUUCCAACGCUAACCCUCGACGGAGCCCGUAUCGCUCUCGCCGCUGCCGAGCAACGAUCAAAAGAAAUCAAUGUACCAAUGAACAUCGCCAUCAUGGACAAUGCAUGCCAUCUGCUCGCCUUCGCCCGGAUGGAAGGAGCAAAGCUUACGUCUAUCAACAUCGCCAUCGAUAAAGCCUUCACAGCUGCAGGUCAUAGAGCGCCUACCUCGGUAUACAAAGACAACGUGUACCCUGGUGGGCCUGCAUAUGGCAUUAAUCACAGCAACGGAGGCAGAUUUAUGACAAUUGCGGGUGGUGUGCCAAUUGUGAAGGAUGGGGUCGUUGUUGGGGCUGUUGGGUGUAGUACGGGACUGCCGAGUCAGGAUGAGGAUGUUGCGAAGAAGGGAGUUGAGGCUGUGGAAAAGAGCUUUGGACUCAAGGCAAAGUUGUAA